UCGAUUUUAAAAUUUCUGCGUCAUAAUUUUUAUUUCCCCAGUUGCACACACUUAUUGUCUGGGAGUUUAUACAGAAAAACUGGAGCCAUUAAUGAGUAAAUAUGAUGACAUUUCUCCACCGAGUUCUCAGCUUGAUAAGGAGAAUCCCUUGUUGUGAACUUAAUGAAGCAUUCGAAGACGACAUAUGACUCUUUCCAAGACGAACUUGAAGAUUAUAUAAAAGUGCAAAAAGCCAGAGGCUUAGAGCCAAAGACUUGUUUCCGAAAGAUGAGAGAGGACUAUUUGGAAACCUUUGGGUACAAAGAAGAGGUUGAUUUCAGACCCAGAUACAGAAUGUCUAAUCAGACACUCCCAUCUGAGGCUAUGCAGAUUUAUCCAAGGUCAUACAGUAGUCCACAAACAUUGGAAAGCCGGUUACCUCAGAGGCUCCCAGCUCAUGAGAGCAGACUGAGAUUAGACUCUCCUGGCUACUGUCAACUGACCCAGGACUAUUCUUCAGAAAAAACAGGACCCUUGGGCAUCGGUCAGCAAGAAUAUAACUGUGGCUCAUAUAGUGGAGAAUCCGGAGUUUUCAAGUACCUUUCCUCAGAAACCAGUACUGGCGCCCAUCAAGCCAGUCAUAAGCAGAUACACCAGAAGAGAAAGCGGCACCUUGAGGAAGGCGGAGAAAAACCCGAGGAGGUGCGGCCCAAGCACAAGAAGAAAAAAGGUUGUGAGGAAGCAGAUUCAGACAAACAUCCGAGCAUCCAAAGGAGGAAAACAGAGGUGGAAACAGUUAGUGUCAGUUCAGAAAAGCCUAAGAGUCGAAAGGAGAAAAAGAGAGAAGUAUCCUCUAAGAAGGAGGAGCGUAAGCGGAGAAAAGAGAAAAAGGGUCAAGGCGAAGAAAGGACGGAGGAGGAAAUGCUGUGGGACCAGUCCAUCCUUGGAUUUUGAAAUCACAUGGUUGGUUCUCCGAAGAUUGAAUUGAACAGAAACUUGUUGAGUAGCUUGGUGUUAUGGGUUUCAUGUUCAUAUCACUUUUCUUACAUGCACAGGUAUUUUAAUCUCUAACAAAGACCAGUUGAAUGGAAAGAGUUUAGUAUGCUUACUCUCCAACACGGAAAUUACUUUUCCUUACUUUCUGAAAGCAUCUUUACAUUUUUCUUAUGUAUAAUGUAAUUUCCCUUAAUGAUAAUGACUCUGCUUUUAUCCAACAAGUUGCUGAUAGUAGAGUUAUUUUCCCUUGGAAAAUUGUUUGAAAUUGGAGGAUUAAUAAGCUUUGCAGAAUCUAUUUCUUGGUUGGGGUUGCUUUGGUUUUAGUGGGAGACUUUUAUGUUUGUUGGUUUUCUCUAUGAGCAAUUUAGAUUUUUUUUCCUUGUUAGUGCUAACAUGUAUAUUCUAGGUUGGAAAUUGGAAAGUUAAACCUAUUACAAUAAUAAGCUUAGAUUUAAAUAUGGUUUUAAAAGUUCUAAGAGUUCUGAUACAAAAUCAGCUUAUAUUCUGUACUUGUUUAUAAUAAAGUGUUCUAAUUUCCACAUGUU